AUGGAAAGGAUUCGUGAACAGUCCGAUAUCAGGGACCGUCUCCGAGCCUGGGAGUCUGAGAACCACAUCCCCGCCAAGCGUCUACUGUCAGAUCUCCCGACCAGAGACAUCCCGCUGUCCAACUACUUGACCAGGCCUGACAUGCUUCCGGGUUCGACGGAGGCGAUCAACGGCCAGUACACCGAUUUGAACGACAACAAAAGCCAGGCGAAUCGCGCUCUGUAUGACGGUGAUGAGCUGGAGGACCUGAGAGGGUCUACGUCGGCGCUUGUGGCCGGUGAUCUGGUGGAGACGAGGUACGGAUCAGGACGCUUGCCAAUCCUGGCCAUCUGUCUCGGCGAUCACCACGGCCUGAAAUACUUCUACAUGAGCACGGGCGAGGUCGUCCCCGAGCAGAACAUCCCCACGCUCUUCACUCUCACCAACUUCAUCAACCCCGCCAGCUUCCGCCACAUUACAGACAUCAUCCCCCCGAAGCCAGUCUCUAACCCACGCAACGUGCUCUCCCACCGCAAAAACGAAGACGCUCUCGCGACCGCUGCCCGUCUGCAGGAGGCCCUGACAACCUUCCGCGCCAACUCCGUCUCCUUUUACCAGGCCCACGACAAGCUCGACCACGCCAGUAGCUUUCUCGCGCUCCCCGACAAGCCGGACUACUUGAGCCUUGAGGAAAUCGCAGAGAAGCUACUCCCCGAAUUCCUCAAGGUCAAGGACAAGUUCCCCCCGCACGCCCUGUACGCCGUGCACUGCGCCCUACAGCGCGACGAGUGGGGCUUCCGGCCCCUGAACCUCCGAUGGCACCGGCGCAACUACAUCUACGAGGUGCGGCCUGACUCCGACGCGCGCAUCCUGCGCAGGACGGAGAUCCAGGUCCGCGAGCUGAUCGAGGGCGCGGCGCUGCGCGAGAAGCCCGCCGAGUCCCUGACCCUCCUGAAGCAGAACAGCCUCGGCCAGUUCAUCCUCAAGGCGCGGGGCGUCAUCGAGGCCAGUCGGAAGAGGAGAGAGUGGACGCCGCACGGCAUGAUCGGGCCCAGCGAGAAGGAGGCGGACAAGGUCAUGAUGUGGAGCAACCGGGACCUGGACUACAUCCGGUUCAUGGAGCUCUGGGCGUGCCACCGCAUCGUGCCCAAGGCGUCGCAGCUUGAGACCCUCGGGUCCACGAUCCUGCGCCUGACAAAUUGCUACACACAAGACGAAUGGCUCGCCCACUGGACCGCCUUCACCUUCCUCCAAGAGAUCGGCUGGAUCCCGCCGUGGGAUAUUCCGGCCCGCUACGAGUAUCGCUUCCCCGAUACGAAAGUCCACAGAGGCACCCCGAUACAGAUGCCCCUCGUCGACGUCAAUGCCUCCCUCAGGCCGGACAUCGCCGCCGGGAGCAGACGGGACUGGGGAGACACGACCGUCUUCUGCGUCGACGCCGAGUCGACGACAGACGUCGACGACGGCUUCUCCGUCGAAUCGACUGACACGCCCGGCGUAUACUGGAUCCACGUCCACAUCGCCGACCCGGCCUCGACCAUCGACCCCCACUCCGACGUCGCCCGCCGCCUCCAGCAAGCACCUUCGAGUCUCUACCUCCCCGGCUUCCCGAACAAAAUGCUCCCCCGCGACCUCGAGCAGCAAUUCUCGCUCGACCCGGGCCAGCCCACCCUGACCUUCAGCGCAAAGGUCAACGACCGGGGCCAGAUCCUCGACCACAAGGUCGAGCCCGGCAUCAUCAAAAACGUCCUCCAUGUCCCCAAAAACGAAGUCGCCGCAGUCCUGCCCGGCCUCCUCACCCAGCAACCCUCCACAACCCCCUUCUCCGUCGGAACCCCGCCGCCCCCCUCUCCACCAACCAAACAAAUCACCAAAGCCUCCGCCCUCUCCCAAACCGACAGAGACAACCUCCUCCUCCUCAACCGCCUCUGCAAAGCCCUCAAACACCAGCGCGAAAAGAAGGGCCAGCUGCCCCCCUUCCAAGCCCGCUUCAACUCCCCCGAGGUCUCCCUCGCGCCCACCUCCGCCUACGGCGACCCGCAGAUCCCCGGCUCCUCCAUCAUCUGGGUUGGCGACCCCUUCAUCCGCUUCUCCGACCACGCCACCACCGAAGCCGACCGCCUCGUCGAGCGCCUCAUGCACACCACCGGCGAAGUCGCCGCCCGCUUCUGCGCCGAGCGCAAGAUCCCCAUCCCCUACAGCACGCAGCCCGAAGCCAUCCGCAACAAGUCCGCGCUCGCCGCCUUCCGCAGGACGCAACUCGACCCCCUCACCCUCAAGGGCAAGCCCAUCCCCGUCGAGACCCUCCACGCGCUCUUCGCCCUCGUCGGCACCUCCGAGCUCGCCAUCGACCCGGCGCCCUUCUACUCCGUCGGCCUCGACGCCUACGCAAAGUCCUCCAGCCCGCUCCGCCGCUACGCAGACCUCGUCGUCCACUGGCAGAUCCACGCCGCCCUCGCCCGCGAGCGCGCCACGCAGUCCUCCCUCGCCGGCACCGACUGCGCCGAGGCCGACUUCCUCCCGUGGAGGCGGAGCACCCUCGCCCCCGCGCUGCCGAUGCUGCAGGCGCAGCAGCGCCAGAUCAAGCAGGUCGACAACAAGGACGGCCCGACGCAGUGGAUCGCGCAGGCGCUGCUGCGCGCGUGGCGCUUCGGCGAGGCGCCGCUCCCCGCGACCUUCACGUUUGUGGUGGACGGGCUGUACGCGUUCGGCCUGCGCGGGCGCCUGGCGAGCUUUUUUAACCUCUCGGCGUCGAUUGACCUCGCGCAGCUGAGCGGGUUCGCGAAGAUGGCGGAGAUCAAGGUUGAUGAUUUGAUUGAGGUGGAGAUUAGGGAUAUUAAUGUCGUGACGACGCAGAUUUCGGUGCAGCCGUUGAGGAGGUUGGUGUCGGCCCCGGCGCAGAAGCAGCCUGGGGUGACGGGGCCGGGUGUCGCUGCCCGUGUGGCUGUAUGA